AUGAACAAAAUUUUGACAAUAUUAUUCUUAGUGAUCAAAAUAGUGGCAGUAAAAAGUGACGAACUAGAUCCUUACAUACAAAAUGUCAAGUUUUAUGUGUUCAAUAAUAUCACGAAUGAGUCACACAUCUCGACAUUCAAUGAAAGUCUGACAAAGUUUAAUUGCGAUCCGUACGGUAAAUUUGCCUUUGUGAUUCAUGGCUGGAUGGAGGGAAUCUAUACGGAAUGGGUUAAUGAUACAAUAGGAAAUUUAACACAUUAUCGUGGUGGAUGUGUUGUAUUCAUGGAUUACUCAGUUUAUUCUCAGAGGGAUUAUUUCUUCGGACUUGUGCCGCAUUUUAAACAGCUUGCAAGUCUACUGACUGAGCGUAUACGUCAGACGACUUCAUUCUUUGAAAAUGUAUUUAUGUUUGGAUUUAGUUUUGGCGCGCGAUUGUCUCUUGAGACAGGCGCAAAAAUUGGAUAUAAUUUAAUCGAUCAUAUUCAAGUCUGUGAUCCCGCUGGACCUGGAUUUGACAAUGAGGCAAGGACAGUUGAUCCAAAAUUAUCUGCCAAAUUUGUUUAUUGUAUAAAUACAAGCACUGAAUAUGGGUCACAAUACUAUAAUUGUCAUAUCAAUUUUCGUAUGGGAAUUUGUGGACGUCGACAAAUUGGAGCUACUGUUAGACCAUGUAGAUCUCAUGGCCUCUGUCCCUAUUUCUUUAAUUCUGCUUUUGAGAAUAAGUUUAUGCCUAACAACUAUUACAAAUGUAAAUCACCUCGAAUAGCUGAAAACAUUCCAGACGAUUUUCGAAUGGGUUAUAUGGAAACAAGAAGGUCGUAUCUUUAUGAAGGAGAUGUGUUCAUUCCUACUGCUAAGACAAGUCCAUGGAAUGUCUUGAAUAAUACAGUCUUAUAA